CGGCGGCGGGACGCGGGGCGCCAUGGCAGCAGCUGAGCGUCGCGCCUUCGCGCACAAGAUCAACAGGAUGGUGGCCGCCGAGGUACGGAAGCAGGUAUCGCGGGAACACAGUGGCUCUCCUCACUCCAGUAGACGCAGCAGCAGCUCCCUGGGGGUCCCACUGACUGAGGUCAUCCAGCCCCUGGACUUCGAGGAGGUGCUGCUGAGCCGGCCACCAGAUGCUGAGCCUGGGCCCCUCCGGGAUCUGGUCGAGUUUCCAACUGAUGACCUGGAGCUGGUACUGCAGCCUCGGGAAUGCCGGACCACGGAGCCUGGGAUCCCCGAGGAUGGGAAGCUGGAUGCCCAGGUGAGGGCUGCCGUGGAGAUGUACACGGAGGACUGGGUCAUCGUCCAUAGGAGGUACCAGCAUCUGAGUGCAGCGUACAACCCCAUCACCUCGGAGACACAGCGGGAGCGACAGAAGGGCCUCACCCGCCAGGUCUUUGAGCAGGAUGUCUUUGGGGACGAGAAGACUAAUCCUCAGGACUCGGAAGAUCCCCGGCGUUGCUCAAGUUCCCCAGACGACACUCCACGAGGCAGCGGUGCCUCUGGCAUCUUUGACCUGAGGAACUUGGCGGCCGACUCGUUGUUGCCCUCACUGCUGGAGCGCACAGCCCCAGAGGAUGUGGAUCGGCGGAAUGAGGUCCUGCGACGGCAGCACCGGGCCAGCGCCCUGCUCAUCCUCUACCCAGCGCCUGAUGAGGAUGAGGCCGUGGAACGCUGCAGCCGCCCGGAACCGCCCCGCGAGCACUUUGGACAGAGGAUCCUGGUCAAGUGCCUGUCACUCAAGUUCGAGAUUGAAAUUGAGCCCAUCUUCGGGAUCUUGGCCCUGUACGACGUGCGGGAGAAAAAGAAGAUUUCAGAGAACUUCUACUUCGACCUGAACUCGGACUCCACAAAGGGACUGCUGCGAGCACAUGGCACCCACCCCGCCAUCUCCACCCUGGCCCGCUCUGCCAUCUUCUCCGUGACCUACCCCUCGCCUGACAUCUUUCUGGUCAUCAAGCUGGAGAAGGUGCUGCAGCAGGGAGACAUCAGUGAAUGUUGUGAGCCCUACAUGGUACUGAAGGAGGCGGACGCAGCCAAGAACAAGGAGAAGUUGGAGAAGUUGCGCCUGGCAGCCGAGCAGUUCUGCACCCGCCUGGGCCGCUACCGCAUGCCCUUUGCCUGGACAGCCGUGCACCUGGCCAACAUCGUGAGCAGCACUGGGCAGUCUGACCGGGACUCAGACUCCGAGGGUGAGCGCCGGCCCACCUGGACUGACCGCCGCCGUAGAGGACCCCAGGACCGAGCAAGCAGUGGGGAUGAUCCUUGCAGCUUCUCCGGCUUCCGUCCAGCAACCCUAACUGUAACCAACUUCUUUAAGCAGGAGGCAGAACGACUCAGUGACGAGGACCUCUUCAAGUUCCUGGCAGACAUGAGACGCCCAUCUUCCCUGCUGCGGCGCCUGCGGCCCGUGACCGCCCAGCUCAAGAUCGACAUCUCCCCGGCCCCUGAGAGCCCCCACUUCUGCCUCUCUCCGGAGCUACUACACAUCAAGCCUUACCCAGACCCCCGGGGCCGACCCACCAAGGAGAUGUUGGAGUUCCCCGCCCGGGAGGUCUACGCCCCCCACACCAGCUACAGGAACCUGCUGUACGUGUACCCACACAGCCUCAACUUCAGUAGCCGCCAGGGCUCCGUGCGCAACCUGGCCGUACGCGUGCAGUACAUGGCGGGCGAGGACCCCAGCCAGGCCCUGCCGGUCAUCUUCGGCAAGUCCAGCUGCAGUGAGUUCGUUCGAGAGGCCUUCACCCCAGUGGUCUACCACAACAAGUCCCCUGAAUUCUAUGAGGAGUUCAAACUACGUCUUCCGGCCUGUGUGACCGAUAACCACCACCUGCUCUUCACCUUCUACCAUGUCAGCUGCCAGCCUCGGCCUGGCACAGCCCUGGAAACCCCCGUGGGCUUCACUUGGAUCCCACUACUGCAGCAUGGCCGCCUGAGGACCGGCCCCUUCUGCCUGCCUGUGUCUGUGGAUCGGCCUCCGCCCAGCUACUCCAUGCUCACACCAGACGUCGCACUACCAGGCAUGCGCUGGGUGGAUGGUCACAAGGGUGUGUUCAGCGUGGAGCUCCUGGCCAUAUCUUCUGUGCACCCCCAGGAUCCUCAUUUGGAUAAGUUCUUCACGCUGGUACAUGUUCUGGAGGAGGGGGCCUUCCCAUUCCGCCUCAAGGAUGCGGUCCUGAGUGAGGGUACCGUGGAACCAGAGCUUCGCGCUAGCUUGGCAGCACUACGCUUGGCCAGCCCCGAGCCUCUUGUCGCAUUCUCCCACCAUGUGCUGGACAAGCUCGUGCAUCUGGUCGUGCGGCCCCCUAUCAUUGGUGGCCAGAUUGUGAAUCUGGGCCGUGGAGUCUUUGAAGCAAUGGUCCAUGUAGUCAGCCUUGUCCACCGGAGCCUGGAGGCUGCCCAGGAUGCCCGUGGUCACUGCCCGUUGCUGGCUGCCUAUGUCCACUGUGCCUUCCGCUUGCCUGGUGCUGAGCUUAGCCCCCUGGGCGGGACCUCUCCGGUGACUGUACAAUCUGCCACGCUGUCCCGUGGACCUGGCCGCACCACAAGUCUCUACCUGGCGCGUUCCAAGAGCAUCAGCAGCAGUAACCCCGAUCUGGCCGGUGCCCCCAGCUCUGUGGACGAAGAGGUCUCCCGCAUCCUGGCCAGCAAGCUGCUUCACGAAGAACUGGCUCUGCAGUGGGUGGUCAGCAGCAGCAACGUGCGCGAAGCCAUUCUGCAGCACGCCUGGUUCUUCUUCCAGCUCAUGGUGAAGAGUAUGGCCCUGCACCUGCUUCUGGGCCAGCGGCUGGACACGCCCCGCAAGCUGCGUUUCCCAGGACGGUUCCUGGAUGACAUUUCAGCACUGGUGGGCUCUGUGGGCCUGGAGGUGAUCACCCGAUGCCACAAGGACAUGGAGCUGGCUGAACAUCUCAACAUCAGCCUGGCCUUCUUCCUCAGUGACCUCCUAUCCUUAGCUGACCGCGGCUUUGUCUUCAGUCUGGUCCGGGCCCACUUCAAGCAGGUGACCACACGGCUACAGUCGGCCCCCAACCCGGCAGCACUGCUGACCCUGCGCAUGGAUUUCACCCGUGUUCUGUGCAGUCAUGAACACUACGUGACCCUCAACCUCCCCUGCUGCCCCCUGUCACCCCCGGCCUCACCCUCACCCUCCGUAUCCUCUACCACUUCCCAGAGCUCUGCCUUCUCCAGCCAUGCCCCAGACCCCAAGGUGACCAGCAUGUUUGAGCUGAGUGGGUCAUUCCGCCAGCAGCACUACCUGGCUGGCCUCUUGCUGACGGAGCUGGCGCUGGCCCUUGAACCUGAGGCUGAAGGAGCAUCCCUACUACACAAGAAGGCCAUCAGUGCUGUUCACAGCCUGCUGUGUAGCCAUGACGCUGACCCCCGCUACGCAGAGCCCUCUGUGAAGGCCCGGGUAGCUGAGCUGUACCUGCCACUGCUCUCACUUUCACGGGACACACUGCCACGGCUGCACGACUUUGCUGAGGGCCCAGGUCAGCGGUCAAGGCUGGCUUCAAUGCUGGACUCAGACACAGAAGGGGAAGGGGAUGUUGCCGGUAUCAUCAACCCCUCAGUGGCCAUGGCUAUUGCAGGUGGACCACUGGCCCCUGGCUCCCGGGCCAGCAUCUCUCAGGGGCCAACAACAGCUUCUCGCUCAGGCAGCACACUGUCUGCUGAGUCUAGCCGAACCUUGCUGGUGUGUGUGCUGUGGGUACUGAAAAAUGCAGAUCCGGUCCUGCUGCAGCGCUGGACCGCGGACCUGGCCCUCCCUCAGUUGGGUCGUCUCUUGGAUUUGCUGCACCUCUGCUUGGCUGCCUUUGAGUACAAGGGGAAAAAGGCCUUUGAGCGCAUCAACAGCCUCACCUUCAAGAAAUCACUGGACAUGAAGGCUCGCCUAGAGGAAGCCAUCUUGGGGACCAUUGGAGCACGGCAGGAGAUGGUCCGGCGGAGUCGUGAGAGAAGCCCGUAUGGGAAUCAGGAGAACGUACGCUGGCGGAAGAGCAUCACACACUGGAGACAAGCCUCGGACCGUGUGGACAAAACCAAGGAUGAAAUGGAACAUGAAGCCUUGGUGGAUGGGAACCUGGCAACUGAGGCGAGUCUGGUGGUUCUGGACACAUUGGAGAUCAUCGUGCAGACGGUGAUGUUGUCAGAGGCACGGGAGAGUGUCUUGGGGGUGGUGCUGAAGGUUGUGUUGUACAGUCUGGGCAGUGCCCAGAGUGCCCUCUUCCUGCAGCAUGGCCUGGCCACCCAACGGGCCCUGGUGUCCAAGUUCCCAGAGUUGCUGUUCGAGGAAGACACGGAGUUGUGUGCCGACCUCUGCCUGAGGCUCUUGCGUCACUGCGGCAGCCGCAUCAGCGCCAUCCGCACACACGCCAGCGCCUCCCUCUACCUCCUCAUGCGUCAGAACUUCGAGAUUGGAAACAACUUUGCCCGCGUGAAGAUGCAGGUGACCAUGUCUCUUUCAUCCCUGGUGGGCACGACACAGAACUUCAGCGAAGAACACCUGCGACGUUCACUCAAGACCAUCCUCACCUACGCCGAGGAGGACGUGGGGCUGCGAGACAGCACUUUUGCCGAGCAGGUCCAGGACCUGAUGUUCAAUCUGCACAUGAUCCUGACCGACACGGUGAAGAUGAAGGAGCAUCAGGAGGAUCCCGAGAUGCUCAUUGAUCUUAUGUACAGGAUUGCCCGAGGCUACCAGGGUUCCCCGGACUUGCGGCUGACAUGGCUACAGAACAUGGCCGGGAAGCAUGCAGAACUGGGCAACCACGCCGAGGCGGCUCAGUGCAUGGUGCACGCAGCUGCCCUGGUAGCUGAGUAUCUGGCCCUGCUGGAGGACAGCCGCCACCUGCCCGUGGGCUGCGUCUCCUUCCAAAACAUCUCCUCCAACGUUCUGGAGGAAUCGGCCAUCUCCGACGACAUCCUGUCGCCCGAUGAGGAGGGCUUCUGUUCCGGGAAGCACUUCACGGAGCUGGGGCUGGUGGGGCUGCUGGAGCAGGCGGCUGCCUACUUCACCAUGGGCGGGCUCUACGAGGCAGUGAAUGAGGUCUACAAAACCCUCAUCCCCAUCCUGGAAGCCCACCGCGACUACAAGAAACUGGCUGCUGUGCACGGUAAACUGCAGGAGGCCUUCACCAAGAUCAUGCACCAGAGCUCCGGCUGGGAGCGUGUUUUCGGGACGUAUUUCCGAGUGGGCUUCUAUGGAGCCCGCUUCGGAGACCUGGACGAGCAAGAGUUUGUGUACAAGGAGCCGUCCAUCACGAAGCUGGCUGAGAUUUCGCAUCGGCUAGAGGAGUUCUACACAGAGCGCUUUGGGGAAGACGUGGUGGAGAUUGUCAAAGACUCCAACCCUGUGGACAAGUCCAAGCUCGAGCCACAGAAGGCCUACAUUCAGAUCACAUAUGUAGAGCCCUACUUCGACACCUAUGAGCUCAAGGACCGAGUGACUUACUUCGACCGGAACUACGGGCUGCGGACCUUCCUAUUCUGCACACCCUUCACACCCGACGGGCGGGCACACGGGGAGCUGCCCGAACAACACAAACGCAAAACCCUGCUCAGCACAGCCCACGCCUUCCCCUACAUCAAGACGCGCAUCCGCGUAUGCCACCGAGAAGAGACAGUGCUGACCCCGGUGGAGGUGGCCAUUGAAGACAUGCAGAAGAAGACGCGGGAGCUGGCUUUUGCGACCGAGCAGGACCCGCCGGACGCCAAGAUGUUGCAGAUGGUGCUCCAGGGUUCUGUGGGGCCUACUGUGAACCAGGGUCCCCUGGAGGUAGCCCAGGUGUUUUUGGCAGAGAUCCCGGAAGACCGAAAGCUCUUCAGGCAUCAUAAUAAGCUUCGGCUCUGUUUCAAGGACUUCUGCAAAAAGUGUGAGGAUGCACUACGAAAGAACAAGGCCUUGAUCGGGCCAGACCAAAAGGAGUACCACCGGGAGCUGGAGCGUAACUACUGCCGCCUGAGGGAGGCUCUGCAGCCCCUGCUCACCCAGCGCCUGCCCCAGCUACUGGCGCCAACAGCACCUGGCCUCAGAAACUCCUUGAAUAGAACAAGUUUCCGGAAAGCAGAUCUCUGA